AACCUUUUUUGCAAGGAAUACCCAUCACGUAGAUAUGUACCUUUGAAAAAGUAACCAGGCAGUACGAAAUAUGUAAUUAAUUAUGAUGUUUUAUAUGUCGUGUCUCCAACAGUUAUAAUGGAGAUGUUGUGUCAUCUGUUCCCACUUACAUCAUCAUGGCUUCAAGUCACAAAGGAUCGUGAUACGGAUGAUAACCGAACAGGAACAAAUAUAGGCUUCGAUGAAAUUAUACAAAAGACUCGAAAAUAUUCCCCACAUUCUUUUCUCAUUGGAAAAGGAAAUGUAGACAUUACAAGCCUGCUGUUUCAGGGAGCUUUGUCUUGUGGAGCGAAGGAUUUCACGGUGGUAUUCAUCUGUCCCCAUCCUCUUGAUAAGAUUCCUAGUGCUGUCCAUGGCAUGCCAAAACCUGAGGCAAAGAUUCUCCAACAUGUUCAUUUUCAAUACCUUAAGAGUGUGGAGGAGUUAAUGAGUUAUUGUGCCUCUAUUCAUACACGAUCAGUGAUGCCAGACGUGGUAAUGGUGGAUGACCUAGACCAGUAUGUAGGACAGGAGAAGAAAGGAGAACAUGGCCUGGCUAAACUGUGUGCUCUUCUGCUCGAUACUGUGACAUUCAUUAGCUCUAAAAAUGAAAGAGAAUUUUGUCAGCUUGUUGUGGGUUGCCGAGAAUGCCAUGAUAUACAGCCCUACAUCCUGGAGAAAUUUAGGUUGACACCAGUUCAGAUUGAAGGUACACAGAUUUUAAAUCAGUGCAAGCUGUCGACAAAAAUAGAGAGCACUGAGAUAACUGUACAGUACAGAGUGGCCCAGGGAGCAAUAUUUCUAGAGGAUAUCCAGCUAAUACAAAGAUGACAGGACAAUCGCAGCUAGUAUCAGAGUCACAAAAUAACAGCCUUGUGGAAACAUGAAGUAGUCCAGACCGAGUUCACCUCACCACAUCAUGGAGUUUCUUUGUUUUCUUUGUUAAGUUUUGACAAUUUCUCAUUGUUGGUCUGAAUAAUCAUCCAAACAACUUGAUUUAAACUGCAAAACAUUUUUUUGUUUUUUUGUAUCAUAUACAAUGUAUAUAGUUGAAUUUUUUAAUCAAUUAAAGCAUUGAGGAGAAGCAGUUUUUUUUUAAGGAAAACUUCCUCCAAUCGGGUUAGAUGACCUUAAAAUCAAUAUUACAAAUGUUUAAAGUGAGAUAUGUGUUGAAUGUAUUGAGUAAAUGUUCUAUAAUCGUUUUAUUACAGUCUAUAAGGCUGAAUUUUAUUACAAUAUGUUUAGAGGCAGGUGAUCUUAAUAAAUAAAUACAACUACCAUU